AUAUUAUGCUUCGGAAUGUAGUGAAGUAAAAGUAAAAGCUUCCCAAAAUAAGAAAUAUAACGUUUAAAAAGAAAAGCAGAAAUGCGCCACCUGGCGGAAUAUAUGCGGUACAUGUAUUGCUCUGUCAGAUGGAAAUAGAAUAUUUCAAAAUUGGUUAAGUUAUCACAAACUCAAAAUAGGUUUGUAUCACUUCACACAAAGGUGUAUAAACGUUGUGUGGAGAAGACCAGCGAUCAAGACUACUAAAAAAUAAAUAAAAAUAAACCGAGGACAAUAUCAGUAUGUUGGGUAACCCCUGAACGUGGUUCAUUGUUGUAGCAAAUACUGUAACUCACUUUAAAGUCACCAUGAAAUCGAAAUCGACAAUUCUUGCUUUGUUUAUUUAAUGAAAGAAUGCAGUAGGCCUAUUUAUUAUAGGCCAUUUUAUUCAUGUGCCCUCAGAAUCUUUAUUUCCUCCCACUUGCAAUGACAUUUCUUCUCUAAUGAUGUUUUCUGGCGCAAGAGCGGGACAAGAGAUGUAAAGAUGUAAAGUUAGGUGCCAUGCAAAAUGUAAGGAGAGUAACUGCAUUUCUCAUCACAAAUAUAUUGGAGUAAAAAGCACAUAUGUAGCCUAGAGAGUAAAAGUUGCUAAUAUCUUUGAUACUCAGUAAAACUACAAAUUAGCCAAAAAGAUACUUAAGUGCAGUAAUUGAAAUAUUUACUCAAAUAUUUUUACACCUGACAACCUGUCACUCAUAUGACAUCACAGCAAUAGUAAACCACAAUGAUCCAAUCAAUUCAAGAUGGACAAAAUCAAGUCCCGCCCAACAUUUUCUUUUUUGUUAGAGAAGCCGUUUUGGACAUAUGUCACAAUAUGUCACUUCUGUUUCAUGCCGACUUUAAUAAAAAGUAAAUAGAAAUCAUAUAACUCAGAUGAAUGGUGACAUACACUGAAAAAAAUGGUGUAGGAUUUACUUUGAAACAAUUUUCACUCGGAAAUUGCAAGUAAAUUUCAAAAAUAAUUACAAAUAAAUAGUAACACAAUGAUAAAAUGUGAAAUAUUGAAUUAAAAAGAAUGAAUUCUAUUUUUUGUAAAACGCAUUCCAAAAGUUUUUACAACUUUGAAAGAUCUUGUUUUACAGUGUAACUAAGAAUGUGUUUGAUAUUAAUUCAUUUUAAAUUCAAAAUUAAUAAUAUUUAAUACUCAUUACAUUUUAUUAAUUCAAAUAAAAGACAAUUAUCACCACAUUUAAUGCAGUAUCACAAAAAAAAAAAAAAAAAAAAAAAAACUUUGGCAGACACCCUGUUAUAAUCAGGAUCCUACUUUCAUCUUGAUUAUCAACUCAAUUAUUUCUAUUUCAUGUUAAAGUGCCUCUAUUAUGCUAUUUUAAAUGUUCCUAAUUCUGUUUAGGUCUCCUACAACAGGUUUACAUGCAUCAAAGGUCAAAAACACUUUCAUUUUCUCAUAAUAUACAUUGCACAUCACCACAUUUUUCAAUGAUUCUCAAACGACUCGUCUGAUGAUUCAGUCUCUCUAAAUCCCGCCUUUCCACAAGCCUACUCUGCUCUGAUUGGCCAGAUGGCUCAGUCUGUUGUGAUUGGUCGGAAACAAACGCCCAUUACCAUAACUGAUUCAGCUCCACAGGCUUCCUAAAGCUCAGCGAUUGUACACACUGUAAAGACAGUAACGAUGGCGUCGAUUUCACCAUAUCAAUUCAAGCGCGAGUCCGAUGAUAAAAUAUAGGAAGAACUAGUUAUUCAACCCGAGCCUUCCAUAGCAAGUACGACAUGAGCAGGACGUUUCUCAGUGAUACGCUACUCAGUUUGAUUUUCAUCAUGAGAUGUUGCAACUGUAAUUUCUCACCAUCAACAUUAACAAGUGAAUGUCCAUCAACAAACCGAUGUGUAAAUUUAUAAUUUAUUGCGGUGCACAUGUGGGAACUGUAUCAUUGACUGUAUCAUGGUGCAUACAUUAGACGAGCACUAACGUGAAUGACUGAUGUAACAUUAAAGUUUGUAAAACAAAUCUUGCUCCAUCCUUUACCAUUACUCAAAGUAGUAAGAACGACAGACAAUCUGAAUUAAUGGACAUAAUAAAAGAUAACUAAGAUUAAUAAUUACUGUAGAAUAUUGUUCAUUCUAAGUUCAUGUUAACUAACGAAGUUAACUAAUGAAACCUUAUUAUAAAGUGUUACAGUUGUUUUUAUUAGGGCCCGAGCAUGAUGGUGUGAGGACCCUAUUGUAAUUGCUCGGUCAAUUCUUCUUCUCCGCAUUUUUGAGGGACUAAGCAUGCUCGAAAACUCAUGAAACUUUGCACACACGUCAGAAGUGGUGAACAUUUACAUCUGAUAUGGGUUUCAGAAUUAAGUGUGGCAAAAUGGCUCGAUAGCGCCACCUACAAAUUUUCAAUUAAACACCCUUCGCGCUACAUUUCACGUACAAGUAUGAAAUUUGGUAGGCACAUGUAACAGCCCAGUACCUAAAAAAAGUCCCUGGGUGCAAAAUCUGAAAACUCAACAGGAAGUGAGAUAUUUAGAAUUUUCUCUGCAGAAUUACUUUUUUACUUUAACGAACUCCUCAUAGAGCUUUAAUCAGAUCAACAUCAUAUUUGGUCAGUCUAAAGGCCUUAGCGAUGUUACAUUGUGAAGAUCUUGAGUUUUCGUUGAAGGGUGUGUCCAUGGCAGCCUGACAAAGUCUGAUGUUUCGCCAGAGAUCGUAUUAUUAUAGGGAGAUAAGAGGGUCUGUAUCUCACCAUUGGAGAAAGCGUAACGGCUAACUUAAUCACGUGCGGCACCUCUCAGCCUAUCGCAUCGCCGUUCAAAACUCCUCCCUGCGUACCGCCAGUUAGCAUUAGCCGCUACGCUUUUUUGGCUAAAGGUUGCCUGCCCUGGCCUGAACACAUCUACAUGACAAUAUUCAGUUAUAGUAAUAGCGCCACCCACUGGCAACAGGAAGUGACAUGUUUAAAAUUGUGAUGCACUACUAGCAACAUACUAAAAUAUGCAAUUGAGUGCUAAACAUGCUAAAACAUGCUAGCAACACUUAGCUUAGUGCUAAAGCAUGCUAUAGAGGGUAUGCAUGUGACGUCACCGUCGACCGUUAUGACUGCAGUUACGCCCACUGAGUGGCAAAAAGACUGAGUGGCAGCAUUGGUUUUCAGCGUGAAUGCCGUGGAAAACACACAAAACACAUCCAAAAUAGGAAAGAGCUUUGCGAUUGACUGUAUAAACAGCUUUGACACAAAAUCUGAGGUAUAUUUUUACAGACUGCCGAAAGCUACAGAAAAAAAGAAGCAAAUGGAUCGCUGCAAUUCACAGAAACAGCUGGACUCCAGGCAGAGAAACAUGGACUUGCUGUUAUCAUUUUGUGUCGAAAUGAUGGAUUUUGGGGUAAAAUCAUACCCUAUAUAUUGUAUUCUUAUAUAUUGUGUUGACAACUCAUCAAUUAAAUAUUUAUUAUCUUAUAUUCUGCAUAAUUGGGUGCUUUUAAAUAAACACUGACAAAAACUAUACAAGUUUUAGGGCUGGACGAUAUGACGAUAUAUAACAUUGAUAUAAGUGAUCACUCUGAUUUAGACCUGCCUAUAUUGUAGUUAUAUAAAAAUAUUGUAGUUAUAUAAAGAGUUCACAGGCAGAUUUCCUUUAUGUAUUUCCCCGGCGCCGAAAUCAGGCACAUAUAAAUGUCAGGAAACACGAUUCCUGGCUGCAUGUCAAUAUCCAUGGAUUAGGUUUCUUUGACGUUAUAAGGAACACUUUCGAGCCCAACUUUUAGUGUAAUCGUUUGUUUUACUCAUGUUUUCGCAGUUUCCCCUAUUAAAUCCAGUCAUGCAGCAGGUUCUUUUGCCACUCAGUCCAGCUGAGGGAGUGUGUUCCGGCGGGAAAGUGACGUUAAUGCAUACCCUCUAUUAUCAUCAUGAAACAGGAAGUUGUUGUAACUCAAGCAUGCAAUGUCCGAUCUGCCUCAAACUUCACAUGUUUGAUAAGUGCCCUGGCCUGAGGACAUCUACAUGCCAAAAUUUAGUUAGUCAUAGCACCACCAGCUGGUGGCAGGAAGUGUGGCAAAUACAAAUAACUGACAUAGUCCUCCUAUAUUUAUAUACUUAAAUGCAUUAUUCCUAAAGCCACCAGGUGGCAGUGGCACAGGUGCGAGGGCUUUUUCAUCGCUACUUGCAGCUUUAAUUUAUUAGUCGGAGUGUUUACACUCCUCGGGCGAUUCUUAUCUGAAGAAGAUCUACACUAGUGCUAAGUUGACUCAUCUUUUAUUUUUUAUUUGACUGUUAAUUUAUUUAUCUUGUUUUUCUCCUUUUACGCUGGUAGCACUGAAAUAGCCAAAUACUGUUUAUACAUAAACACUGCACACAUUGCAUGUGUUAGAUAAGUAUCUUAACUCCAAGUAUUCCCAGGACACUUCAUAUCCAGUAGCUGAUGUCCUGUCAGAGAUUAUAUUUCAAAAACAAGUCAACCUGUACACACAAGUUCAUGGAAACACACAGCCGGCAGCAUGAGGCAGCGAACAGUGGUGAUGUACGUGGAGAUCGGUUGCUUUGUGUCCUGUCUGUGUGGCUGGAUUUUGAUCUGUUCCACUCUGGCCACUGAGUACUGGAUCGUCUCAGAAAGUGCUUCUGUCGUUUUGAGCGCCGGUGAUUACUAUUCCAACCUCUGGAUGGACUGUGUCUCGGACGCCACAGGAGUAUCUGACUGUAAAUACUACCCUUCCAUGAUGGACCUGUCUGUUUUCCUCCAUGUGUGCAGGGCUCUGGCUGUGGUCUCUGUGAUCUUUGGUUUCUGGGGGGCUGUGCUUGCCCUCAUUGGGAUGAAAUGUACCAAAAUCGGAGGCUCUGAGCUCACUAACGCCAGAGUUACAUUCGCAGCAGCACUGACGUACAUGGCAUCCGGAUUCUGUGGUAUGAUAGUCUACUCCUGGUGGGGAGAAAAGGCACGCUCAGAAUUUGUGGAUCCAUAUUACUUAGAAACAAAGUUUGAGCUCGGUGCCGCUCUCUUCAUUGGUUGGGGAGGUUCGUGUCUGGUUAUAUGUGGAAGUGCAGUCAUGUGCUAUUUCUCUGGGAAAGAGUCAUUCCCCAAAAGGAUGAAUAUACAACCCAGAAAACCCCCAACCAACAUGACAGCACGUACCAGACGGACGUACAUGCUGCCGGGCUCGUCCAGACCCACAACCUUCAUCAUCCCUCCUUCACACCAAUCAUACAGUGAGAGUAGAGGAAGUAGAGAGAGUAGAGGGAGGACAGGAACACAGACAAGUCAGUCAUCACCGACUGUAAGACCCACCUGGCCUCCUAUAGACUCAGCUGUGUAA